UGACUCGUCACGCAGCGUCAGUCCGGAGUCGCACAAUUAUGAAAAAGCUACCUUCCGCUGGAGCUGGAGCGGAGGCAGAUUUCUCAAACGUCAACCGAGCUUUCCUUCCAAGGCUAACCGAUAACACCGCAGAUAGAUGGCUAAAAGCCACGGAUCAGCUCUUCCUGAGUCUGAACGGUGAAGAGAAUGUCCCAGAAAUCCUGGAUAGAAAGCACUUUCACCAAGAGGGAAUGUGUGUACAUACUUCCAGUUUCAAAAGAUCCCCACAGAUGCCUUCCAGGAUGUCAAAUUUGCCAGCAGCUUGUGCGGUGCUGCUGCGGACGGCUGGUCCGGCAGCACGCUGGCUUCACCGCCAGCCUGGCCAUGAAGUACUCGGACGUGAAGUUGGGUGAGAAUGAGAUGCCCGAGCUGGAGGAGUGGUCCGUGGAAAAGCACACAGAGGAAAGCCCCACCGAUGCGUACGGCGUCAUCAACUUUCAGGGAGGAUCCCAUUCCUACAGAGCCAAGUAUGUGCGACUCUCUUACGACUCCAAACCAGAAAUGAUCCUUCGCCUUAUGCUCAAAGAAUGGCAGAUGGAGCUUCCAAAAAUCGUCAUCUCUGUCCACGGCGGGAUUCAGAACUUCGACCUUCACCCCCGCAUCAAGCAGGUGCUCGGAAAGGGCCUGAUCAAAGCCGCAGUUACCACGGGUGCCUGGAUCCUGACCGGAGGGGUGAACACAGGUGUAGCAAAACAUGUUGGUGACGCUCUUAGAGAGCACUCUUCCAGAUCCUCACGGAAAAUUUGCACUAUUGGAAUAGCUCCAUGGGGAGUUAUUGAAAACAGGAACGACCUCAUCGGAAGAGAUGUGGUUGCCCCGUACCAAACGCUGCUGAACCCUCUGAGCAAGCUGAACGUGUUGAACAACGUGCACUCUCACUUCAUCCUGGUGGACGAUGGGACGGUGGGCAAAUAUGGGGCAGAGGUCAAAAUGCGGCGGGAACUGGAGAAGCACAUUAACCUGCAGAGGAUUCAUGCCAGGAUCGGCCAGGGCGUGCCGGUGGUGGCGCUCAUCUUCGAGGGCGGGCCCAACGUGAUCCUGACCGUGCUGGAGUACCUGCAGGAGAGCCCGCCCGUGCCCGUGGUGGUGUGCGAGGGCACGGGCCGAGCCGCCGACAUCCUGGCGUACGUCCACAAGCAGACUGAGGAAGGAGGGGGUCUUCCUGAUGGUGUUGAAGCAGACAUCAUUGCCACUAUUAAAAAAACCUUCAACUUCAGUCACAGCGAUGCCAUACACCUCUUUCAGACACUGAUGGAAUGCAUGAAGAGCAAAGAAUUGAUAACGGUCUUUCACAUUGGUUCAGAGGACCACCAGGACAUUGACGUUGCAAUACUGAGAGCGCUGCUAAAAGGCACUGAUGCAUCUGCGUUUGACCAGCUCGUCCUCACCCUGGCCUGGGACCGGGUUGAUAUUGCCAAGAACCAUGUGUUCGUGUAUGGUCAGCAGUUGUUGGUGGGCUCUUUGGAGCAGGCCAUGCUGGAUGCUCUGGUGAUGGACCGGGUGGACUUUGUGAAGCUGCUUAUUGAGAAUGGAGUGAGCAUGCACAGGUUUCUCACCAUCACCCGUCUGGAGGAGCUCUACAACACGAAACAAUCCCCAACAAAUCCAACACUCUUUCACCUAGUAAGAGAUGUUAAACAGGGUAACCUUCCCCCAAAUUACAAAAUCACACUGAUUGAUGUUGGCCUUGUCAUUGAGUACCUUAUGGGUGGAACGUACAGAUGCAACUACACACGGAAGCGCUUCAGAAUCAUUUACAACAAUCUUCAUGGAAAUAGUCGGCGGUCUGGACGCCACUCAUCAAGUGGUGGAUCCCAUCUGCGUAAAACCCACGAGCCCUUCAGCAUCCAGGCAGACAAGAAAGAGAAGACAAGGCACGACCACUUCAUUAAGACUGCCCAGCCAUACAAACCCAAGCUGGAGUCCACAGCAGAGCAGUCCAAGAAGAAGAGUAAGGAGGAGAUUGUGGACAUCGAUGAUCCGGAGACCCGGCGGUUCCCCUAUCCCUUCAACGAGCUGCUGGUGUGGGCGGUGCUGCUGAAGAGGCAGAAGAUGUCUCUGUUUUUCUGGCAGCAUGGGGAGGAGUCCAUGGCCAAGGCCUUGGUGGCCUGCAAGCUGUGCCGCUCCAUGGCCUACGAGGCUAAGAAGAGCGAUGUGGUUGACGACACUUCAGAAGAGCUGAAAGAGUACUCAAAUGAAUUCGGCACGCUGGCAGUGGACCUGUUGGAACAGUCAUUCAGGCAGGACGAGACGAUGGCCAUGAAGCUGCUGACCUACGAGCUGAAGAACUGGAGCAACUCGACGUGCCUUAAGCUGGCAGUGGCCUCCAGGCUGCGGCCCUUCGUAGCCCACACCUGCACACAGAUGCUGCUCUCGGACAUGUGGAUGGGACGGCUCAACAUGAGGAAGAACUCCUGGUACAAGGUCAUUUUGAGUAUUCUGGUGCCACCAGCGAUCCUGAUGUUGGAGUACAAGACAAAAGCAGAGAUGUCUCAUAUUCCCCAGUCACAGGAUGCCCAUCAGAUGACCAUGGAGGACAGUGAGCAUAACUUCCAGCAUCCAGCGGAAGACAUCCAAAUGGAUGUUUUCAAGGAAGUGAGGUUAAAUGAGAACAUCGAAGCAAAAAGCGAAACUGAGAUCCACAUCCGACCAAGAAGGAUACCAAUCACCAGGAAGUUUUAUGCAUUUUACCACGCUCCCAUUGUCAAGUUUUGGUUCAACACGCUGGCAUACCUUGUGUUUCUGAUGCUGUACUCCUACGUCGUCCUGGUGCAAAUGCCCAACUGGCCUUCUCCACAUGAGUGGGGUGUCAUCCUCUACAUCUUCACCUCAGCCAUCGAGAAGAUCCGCGAGAUGUUUAUGUCUGAAGCUGGAAAAAUUGGCCAAAAGGUCAAAGUCUGGUUCAGUGACUAUUUUAACAUUUCGGACUUCCUUGCAAUUGUUACAUUCUUUGUCGGGUUUGGCCUGAGAUUUGGAACAGGUGAUGUCUUUGUUGCCGGAAGAAUCGUUUAUUGCUUGAAUAUCAUAUUUUGGUACGUGCGGCUCUUGGAUAUUCUGGCUGUGAACCAGCAGGCUGGACCCUAUGUCAUGAUGAUUGGUAAAAUGGUGGCGAACAUGUUUUACAUAGUUGUGAUAAUGAUAGUGGUGCUUCUGAGCUACGGGGUUCCCAGGAAAGCUAUCCUGUACCCAAAUGAGGAACCCUCCUGGAAGCUCGCUAAAGAUGUUGUGUUCCAGCCCUACUGGAUGAUGUAUGGUGAAGUGUACGCUUACGAAAUUGAUGUUUGUGCAAAUAACAGUGAGGAUCAUGUGAAGUCUCUCUGUGGCCCUGGAGUGUGGUUGACACCGCUCCUGCAAGCAGUCUACCUCUUUGUUCAAUACAUUCUUAUGGUUAAUCUACUCAUCGCUUUCUUCAACAAUGUGUACAUACAAGUGAAAUCCAUGUCCAAUCUGGUGUGGAAGUACCAGCGAUACCAUUUCAUCAUGGCUUACCAUGAGAAACCAGUCCUCCCUCCUCCACUCAUCUUACUCAGUCACCUGGUCUCCCUCUUCUCCUGCAUCUGCCGGAAGAGGAAGAAGGGCAGUGGGACAUACGGACCAAAACUCUUUCUGACGGAGGAAGACCAAAAGAAGCUCCACGACUUCGAAGAGCAGUGCGUGGAAACGUACUUCCACGAAAAGGAUGACCAGUUCCACUCUGGGAGUGAGGAGAGAAUUAGGGUCACCUCGGACAGGGUUGAGUACAUGUGCAUACAGCUGAAGGAAGUCGGCAACAGGGUGAACUUCAUAAAGCGCUCCCUUCAUACCCUGGACUCUCAGAUCGGCCACUUGCAGGACCUGUCGGCGCUGACGGUGGACACGCUGAAGGCCCUGACCGCGCAGAGGGCGUCCGAGGCCAGCAAGGUGCACAAUGAGAUCACCCGCGAGCUCAGCAUCUCCAAGAACCUGGGGCCUAACCAGGCGGACAUCGGGUCCCAGUCCAAGUCCUCGGCGCUGGUGAAGCACAGCGUGGGGGCGCACUUUGGGCCUUCCUUCCCGCAGGGCGGAGGCAACAUCGCGGACUCCUUGUUCGGCAGCCGGGCCCAGGACGCGGUCGGCCGGAGGUUCGGCCCGGACAGCGCCCUGAGCCCCGAGAGGAGGGCUGCAAACAUUCCAGAGGCUGGUUCCUCGGGCAGUGCCUUAACCCAAAGUGCCGUCUCCCCCCCCGAACUCCGGCUGAAGGGCCACUCCGUUGCGGAGAGGCACGCGUCCCGUCCACAAGACUUCCAGUGCGGUGACUCGCCCAGCAGUCUGCCAAAUGUACCCCCUCCAGCUGCAAAGUUUUUUGUCAGCACCCCUUCUCAGCCCAGUGGCUCAAGCCCCCGGGUGCCCUCUCCCGGAGGGCCCCAGGACGUCCUGCCUGAAAGCCCCCUUGUAGAAUUUGGGGCGUUCGUCGGUCACAAAGAGGACUCUGAGCUUCAGAGAUCAUUAUCGAAAGAUGUGACUGCUGGAAACAAAUGGCUCAGUCCAUCCAAGAAGGACAAAGAAAUGGCUCACCCUGAAGGUCAUUUGAGGACAGUCAAUUCAUAUGCAGGCUUCACUGAGUUUGAUAUGAACCCAGUCUCACUCCAUCCCGAAACAACGCUGAGCAAGCGAGAGAGGAGCCGCGUCUCAGCCGAAGAUAUCCCCCUCCAUGAGGACCUGAGGGCCGCGCAUCAGCUGGAGAGGGCACAAGGCAAGUCAUCGCAAGCCACCAGUCUAACCCCAGGAGAAGAUGCCUUAAAUGCUGCAGCAUGCCUGUACACGUCCAGACACGCACAUCUGGGGGCCAGGAAAGACUCAAUUGGUUCCCCUUUCAAGCCUAUGGACAUAAGCUAUCAAUAUUCAGCCGUGGAGCGUAAUAAUCUGAUGCGGCUGUCCCAGAGCAUUCCAUUCACCCCUGUGCCACCGAGAGGAGAGCCAGUCACUGUGUACCGUCUGGAGGAGAGCUCCCCCAACACCAUCAACAACAGCAUGUCGUCCUGGGCCCAGCGGGGGCUCUGUGCCAAAAUCGAGUUCCUCAGCAAGGAGGAGAUGGGCGGGGGCCUGCGCCGGGCGCUCAAGGUCCUCUGCACCUGGUCCGAGUACGACAUCCUCAAGCCGGGCCACCUGUACAUCGUCAAGUCCUUCCUGCCGGAGGUGGUCAACACCUGGCAGACCAUCUACAAAGAAGACACUGUGCUGCAUCUCUGUCUCAGGGAAAUUCAGCAGCAAAGAGCUGCUCAGAAACUGACCUUUGCCUUUAACCAAAUGAGGCCGAAAACUAUCCCUUAUUCACCCAGGUUUCUGGAGGUGUUUCUGUUAUAUUGCCACUCAGCUGGUCAGUGGUUUGCCAUUGAGGAGUGCAUCACCGGAGAGUUCAGGAAGUUCAACAACAACAACGGGGAUGAGAUUGUUCCCACAAACCUACUUGAGGAAACUAUGCUGGCCUUCAGCCACUGGACAUAUGAGUACACUAGAGGAGAGCUUCUGGUGCUGGACUUGCAAGGUGUUGGAGAAAUUUUGACAGAUCCGUCUGUGAUAAAAAGUGGUGAAAAGGGAUCAUAUGACAUGAUUUUUGGGCCAGCGAACCUGGGAGAUGAUGCAAUACGGAACUUCCGCGCUAAACACCACUGCAAUUCCUGCUGCCGAAAACUCAAACUUCCAGAUCUGAAGCGCAACGAUUACACACCCGACAAAGUGACACUACCCCAAGACGAACCGCCAGAGGAUUCCGUUCAGCCAGGAAGCGGUGCCAAAGAACAAAGGCAUUCUAUGCGUCUGAUGCUGUGAGACCCCCCCCCGUGUCCAGGGUGUAAGGGGGGAGAUGAGGCAGCACUUUCGUAUCCACUGUAAAAUCAUCUCACUUCCCAUCAAGGCCAUUUAUGUGGACUGUGGGGGGAGGGGGUGGGGUUCUUCCUUCUUUAGCCUGUUCAUUUUGUCAUGCAACUUCUGAACUGCAUGAUGGAAUAGGAAGCGUAGGACACUGAGCUCAGCCUCUCAGACUUCGCAAGGAAGUUAUGUGUAACCUUUUUUUUUAAAAAUGGAAAACUGUUGUUGCCUGCAAAUAAGAAGUGAGAAGGUGCAAUUAUUGAGAACCAUAGCAAUUUUAGAAUAUAUAAAUGGGGGAAAACAACUUUUAAGGCUUUUUUUUAAACAGGUUUAUAUGUUGAUAUUAGUAUCCACAGUGGCUAUCAACUUGUACAAUCUCAUUGUAUAGAGGGGUAUAGUAUUUAUUAUUAUGAAUUAUGAAAGUUGCCUUGUAUAAAAUAAGCAAUUUUAAGUGCAUUGUCUACAUUUUUGUCAUGGCAGGUUUGUAAGGGAGACCUGUUCCGAUUCAAACUGCAUUUACUGAAUUUAUCUAGGGCAGAAUGUAAUCCAUUUUUUAUAUAAAUGUAAAAACACCAUGUAGAAAUAUCUGUAUUAUGGCAUUUGUGGUACAUCCUUUAUUAAUAAAUACAUAUGGAUUGAAAAUCUUGUAAAAUAUGGGCAGAUUGCAAUGCAACUUUUACAGUACAAUAUAUGUAAUUUUAAUGUGUUGAACUCUUUAUCUGAAACUGUGUCCACCAAAAAUUAAUAGAAGAGUUUUUAAUGUUACAGAGGUACUAUUGUCUUUUUGUCAUUCAAGUAUUGUAUGAGCAAAUUUUAAUCUAGUGUAUCUUAUAGAUACAGUUAUCUGGCACGAGCUAAAUAGAUUAAAAUUAUAGUUAUUUUAUGCUGGGGGAAUUGUGGAACAUAUUAAGGGUAUAAUACUGUAUACAUUUUGUACUGUAUAUCAUUUAAUCUAAUAAAAUAUAAAAUGUAUAAGC